GGAAACUGGAAACUGUGUUAUAACGGCUUGUACAGAAGUUCACUCUGAAAAAGUUAACAGCCAGUACGGGUAGAACAUGUCUUAGGUGACUACACUGAUCUCAAGUGAGACAACUGAAAUGAAUCAAGACGUAGAGGAGGCUGCAGGUCACAGUAAGACACUCAGACCAGAGUCUGCACUACACAGCUGUGUGACCAUGAAGAAUGACCAGGACAUGGAGGAUCCUGGAAACAUGAACAGCACAUCAACACAGACCAAUGCAGGACGACACACACACAGACCUCCAUCUCCAGUGCCCAGCUGUGUGUCUCUGAAGAGUGACCGGUCCAUGAUGGAUCCUCCUAACUUCAGCAGUGAACCAGUUCCAUCAGGUCUAAAUGAAUUGAGGUCUGAUCUGACCCUGGAUCAGUCCAGGUGUGGAGUGUGUGAGAGGGUACCGAGGGACCCAGUCAUCACCACCUGUGGACACAGUUUCUGUAGGCAGUGCAUCAGCAGAUACUGGGAGCAGCCUGGACUGCCAGGACACCAAACCUGUCCCCAGUGUGAAAAGACAUGCAGAGUUCAACCUCCUCUACAGCCUCUUCUGGAUGAACAAACAGACAUGGUAGAAAACAGCAGACACCUGCACAUUGAACACACACCAGACAGAAGGAGCAAACCAGCUGAUGAAGUCCUGAGGAGAGUUCUAGAGAAGCAUAAAUCCAGUCUGAAGAGGAGGUUUGAAAACAUAUCUGAAGGCAUCAUCAAACCAGGAGCUGAGACACCCCUCAAUAAGAUCUACACAGAGCUCUACAUCACAGAGGGAGAGAGUGAAGGGGUGAAUAAGGACCAUGAGGUUUGGCAGGUAGAGUCAGCAUCCAGAGCACAAACCACAGAAGAUACACCAAUCAACUGCAAUGACAUCUUCAAGCCCUUACCUGGACAGGAGAAGCACAUCAGAACUGUGAUGACCAAAGGUGUUGCUGGCAUUGGAAAAACAGUCUCAGUGCAGAAGUUAAUUCUUGAUUGGAUAGAUGGGGUAGCCAAUCAGAAUGUAGACUUUAUCUUUCCCCUCCCUUUCCGUGAGCUGAAUUUGGUCAGGGGUGAUCAGUAUAGUCUUCACAAUCUUCUGCUUGACUUCCAUCCUGAACUGAAGGAGCUGAAGGAUGGUGAAGAAUACAAAGACUGUCAGGUUGUGUUCAUCUUCGAUGGUUUGGAUGAGAGUCGAUUACCUCUGAAUUUCCAACAGAACAUAUCUGAUUUAAAACAAACAUCAUCAGUGGAUGUUCUGAUGACAAGCCUCAUUCAGGGGAGUCUGCUUCACUCUGCACACAUCUGGAUAACCUCAAGACCAGCAGCAGUCAGUCAAAUUCCUGCUCAGUUCAUUGAUCAGGUGACAGAAGUACGAGGGUUCAAUGACCCACAGAAAGAAGAGUACUUCAGGAAGAGAAUCAGUGAUGAGAGUCGGGCCAGCCGAAUCAUCUCACACAUUAAGGCAUCCAGGAGUCUCCACAUCAUGUGCCACAUUCCAGUCUUCUGUUGGAUUGCAGCCACUGUACUUCAGCAGAUGCUGGACAACACUAAAGACAUUCCCAAAACUCUGACUGAGAUGUUCAUACACUUCCUGCUUGUCCAGACCAGAAGGAAGGAUCAGAAGUAUCAAAGUGGAACUGAGACAGAUCAAGAGAAACUUCUAAAAUCUCAGAAAGAGAUUUUACUGAAGCUUGGAGAACUGGCUUUCAAGAAUCUAGAGAAUGGCAAUCUGAUGUUUUAUGAAGCAGACCUGAAAGAGUGUGGCAUUGAUAUCAGUGAAGCCACAGUGUACUCUGGCAUGUGCACUGAAAUCUUCAAGGAAGAAUCUGUGUUUCACCAGAGGAAGGUCUACUGCUUUGUGCAUCUGAGCAUCCAGGAGUUUCUUGCAGCUGUGUUUGUGUUUCACUCUUAUGUGACUGAGAACCUCGAGGCACUGAAAUCCCUCGUCAGGGAAUAUCCCAGCCCAUCUUUUAUAUCAUCUCUUCAAUCGGCGCUGGGCUUACAAUCUCAUCUACAUGUGUUACUUAAGAGUGCAGUGGAUGAGGCUUUGAAGAGCAGGAAUGGACACCUGGAUCUUUUCCUUCGAUUCCUUAUGGGCAUCUCUCUGGAGAGAAAUCAGAGACUUUUGAAAGGUCUACUGAACAACAAACACAGCACCUCAAAAAGUGUCAAUGAAAUAUGUCAAUACAUUAAGGAGCUCAACAGGGAAGAUCUCUCUCCUCAACGAUGCAUCAAUCUUUUCUAUUGCUUAUUUGAAAUGAAUGAUCAUUCCAUGCACGAAGAAAUUAAAAAAUAUCUGGAGUCACCAAAGAACAUCAAACAGAAAUUGUCUCCUGCUCACUGUUCAGCACUGGCCCACAUACUUCUGAUGUCUGAGGAGGUGCUGGAUGAGUUUGACCUGAAGAAAUAUAACACAUCAGAUGAGGGACGCAGGAGACUGCUCCCUGCUGUGAGAUGCUGCAGAAAGGCACGACUUGCUGAAUGUACACUUACAUAUAAGUCCUUUGGAGUUGUUGCUACUCUUCUACAGUCACCAAACUUGCUGACAGAGCUGGACCUGAGUAACAAUGACCUGGGAGAUUCUGGAGUUCAGCUUCUCUCUAACGGACUGUCUAGUCCCCACUGCAAACUGCAGACAUUAAGGCUCUCUGAUUGUCUCAUCUCAGAGAAGGCUUGUAUUAGUCUGGCUUCAGCUCUGUCUUCAAACCCCUCCCACCUCAAAGAGCUCGAUCUGAGCUACAAUCAUCCCGGGGAAUCAGGACUAAAGCUGUUAUCUGCUAGACUGAAAGAUCCUUUCUGUAAACUGGAGAUUCUUAAAACUGACCAUGCUUCUGUCAGCAGAGCACGACCACGUUUGCUGAGAUAUGCCUGUGAGCUCACACUGGACUCAAACACAACAAACAGACAUCUCUCUCUCUCGAAGGGGAACAGAAAGGUGACACUUGUGAAUUUGGAGCAGCUGCAUCUUCACCAGACAGAGAGAUUUGAAAAGUGGCCUCAGGUUUUGUGUAGAGAGGGUCUGUCUGGACGCUGCUACUGGGAGGUUGAGAGGAAUGGGGCUCGUUGGAGAGGGACUCGUAUAUCUGUGGCGUAUAAAAGCAUCAAGAGGAAAGGGGAGGGUCAUGACAGUGCACUGGGAUAUAAUGACAAGUCCUGGAGUCUGGAGUGCUUUCAUCACAGGUACUGUGCCUGGCACAAUAAUAAACACACUGACAUACCUGCCCCCUCCUCCCGCUCCAGAAGAGUAGGAGUGUACCUGGACUGGCCGGCUGGCACUCUGUCCUUCUACAACGUCUCCUUUGGCACACUCACCCACCUGCACACGUUCCACUCCACAUUCACUGAGCCCCUCUAUCCUGGGUUUUGGGUUUAUUGCUCAGUGUCCCUGUGCCAUAUCACAUGACCUCCCAAUGCUACAGGAACACAGGAGUCACCCACUCCAAUUCAUACACAUGUGUGAUGCUAUGGGAAUAGUGAUAUGUGUAUUCUGUUUAUACACCACUGCUUUGAUGAUACUAUGUAUAUCCGUUGUAUAUUUUGUGCAUUUUCUGAAUUGAAGAUAUGGGUUAUAGGGAUUGUUCAGUCUCCUUAAGCUUUAGUUAUUUGCUGCAUUUUUUUCAUAAGAUGGUCUGUAUGUGUAUUAGGCAUAGUUAUUGUGUAAUUUAAGCCAAAACAAAAGUGAAUGAAUUUUUCCAUGUGUCAAUUUGAAACACAUAACUGACUUGGCCAUUACAUUCAUUGCAGUAGUAUAAUAAGUAAGGUUACAUUUCCACACAAUGAAUCACUGUAGCAUGCAGGUAGAUGAGUGAGGGCAGAUGUGAGUUUGUCUCCAGAGUGACUCUUCAGGCAGGUGUUGGAAUGAAAUGUGUUAAUUUCACGUUUAGAUGGAAAGCUGCUCCUGUGCUCUGUGGCUUCUCACAGAUCAUCUGCAUCCGUUCAGAGUGAUGUCAGACAUGUUUCUCUUCAGACAUGACCUUGGAGAAAAUACAUCUCUCAUACAAGCUGUUAUCAUUUCUGUUUUAUUAUGAAAGACUGAUUGUAUGUUUUUUGUCCUUGUAUGCAGCAAAGAAUGUGUUGGCAGUCAUUUUGAUUAACUUUUUGUGAAAUCAA